AUGUAUUUAUUCGACGCAUCAGGCCAGUACAGCCCUAACGUGUUGUUCGGGAAUGAGUAUUGGUUGGGCUCGUUCAACGCAUGCAAAGACCUGCAGCUUAGAGAGUUCUAUACCUCGACACCGCCAUUUGCUACUAAAUUUUUUGUUGCAAAAAUCAAUAUGACCAUCGACAACGACCAUUUACCACAGAGCAGGUUAAUGCUGCUUGGUGAGUGCGUGCCGGCAUCUUGCGAUGCACGUGCAAUGAACAUGCUUCUGGGCGCCGCAGAAGCUUCGGCAACGGAAAGUGCUGCAUCUCUUGGCCUGGAGGCAUCCUUCUCGAUUCUUAAAGUGCGACCUGUACCGGGCGACUAUAAUCUCUUCGCUGAUCCUAAGCUUCAAAUACUUGGAACUGUAACAAUAAUAGUGGGCGUACUGAUGUUCACCGCUUCGCUAUACGAAGGCUACUUGGAGCGCAAACACCGGAUUGCAGUGGAAGCACGAGACCUUGAACUGGCUCACAAUGAUGCAAACCAUAAACAACCUGGUAACAACAACGUAUUACCAGACGGUGGAAAGCUGACAGACAAUGCAGGCAAAGAACUCCGACGAGAAACUUGCGGUGUAUGGUCGGAAGUGUUGUUAUCUUUCUCAAUACUGUCAAACGGCAGAACUAUCUUGAGCACGGAUCGUCCUACUGACGGAGCUCUGACUUGCCUUCACGGAAUGAGGUUCAUGUCAGUCAUAUGGGUGAUAAUGGUGCACACAUAUUUAACCAUGUUCUACGUGGCUGGCAACAAAACAAUGCGGGUCAUUACGGAGCGCAACUUCUGGUACCAAUCCGUCGGUAACGCCUCUUAUUGUGUGGACACUUUCUUCGUCAUAAGUGGUAUUCUUGUCACAAUCUUGUUUCUCCGCACAGAAGACAAAAAGAAGGAACGGAUUUCGCAGCAAGACAAGAACGAUAUUAAUAAGAACCUGAACGGGUUUACUAAUUCUGCACUUUCUGUCUCGGUCAUAAGUCAACAAUCCUUCAAGGAAGAUUUACUAGAUAAGCCAAAAAGCUGUAUAUACACGAUAACUGAAUUGCUGGCGAUGGUUAAGUCUUUUUUAGUUUUAUUUGGCUAUCGUAUAGUAAGAUUAUCGCCUGCUUAUGGCUUUGUGAUUGGACUAAACGAAGUUGCUCUAAGGUAUACACAUGACCGAUCUGUAUUUGAACCCGCGAUGUUUGAUCACAUCACAUGUGACAAGUUCUGGUGGCGGAAUCUCCUUUACAUCAACAACUUAUACCCGCAACGUGAGAUGUGCAUGGUGUGGACGUGGUACAUGGCUAAUGACACACAAUUCUACGUCGUCGGGAUCAUACUGCUGCUUAUUUCUGUCAAACAUCCAAAAUUUGCGAUGAUAUCGUUGGGUUUAGUAAUGGUGAGCUCUUGGGUGACAACAAUCUACAUUUCUGUAUGGCAUCAGUACAAAGCGCGUAUACAAGAGCCCUUUGAAAUGUUCGACACAUUGUAUGAUAAGCCAUGGUCAAGAAUUGGACCCUAUUUAAUUGGAAUGAUAGUGGGCUGGUACUUGCACAAGACAAAGUGCCAGUUGAAGUUGCCGUACUGGCUGGUAGCAGUGGGCUGGCCUGUUGCCCUUGCCAUUUUCGGAAGUAUGAUCUUCAGCAUGGUUGAUGGUUAUUUUGAAGUGUGGCCGACAGCGUUCUACAUUAGUGUUGGACAUGCAGCCUGGGGCGUAGCUGUGGCCUGGGUGGUGAUCUCCUGCUGCAGUGGUUAUGGAGGCCUGAUUAACUCGGGAUUAUCAUACCGUGGCCUGUUGCCGCUUAGCAGACUCACCUACUGCGCGUACUUAGUUCAUCCUACCAUAUUGAUGUAUACGUCCUUCUUGCUAGACGGACCAUAUCAUAUGCAGAAUUCUACUGUGUUGGCAAUAUACGCGGGAUAUGCAGUGAUGGCGUUCUUGGCUUCAUUCGCUAUAUCACUGACAUUUGAGGCACCGGCAGUGAGACUCCUUAAGAUCAUCAGUGGGACAACAGGGAGUAAUAGGAGCCAGUGA